AUGACUGCUGAUGAUGCUAUGCAAUCAGACGCCUUGAUCCAAGGUCAGUGUUAUGUUAAAAAUCAAUUUCUAACUGUACUGUAUAAUUUGGGUGCAUCGCAUUCCUUUAUUUCUUUAAUUGUUGCUCGUGAGUUCAGACUAGAUUUCUCUGAGUUGAACUUUCAUCUAAUUGUCCAUACCCCUACAUCCCAAAAUGCUUUGACCAGUUUAGCGUGCAUGCAAGUACUAUUCACUAUUAGGAACAUGACUUUUAUACAUGAUCUAAUCUGUUUGCCUCUAUAUGGGUUAGAAGUUAUUCUAGGAUUAGAUUGGUUAUCUAAGUAUCAUGUUUUCCUUGAUUGCUAUGAAAGAACUGUUGUUACUCUAUCUAAUGGUUUAGAUAUUAAACCAUUUUUGUCUCAUACUUUAUAUCUGAAUUCUAUAAGAGUUACCUUAGACGGGAGUGAUAGUGAGGGGUACGUUCUAUUAGCGGCUAGCUCGAAUGACAGUGAAUUAAGCUUAGAACAAAUCCGAGUGGUGAAGGAAUUUCCCGAUGUUUUCCUGGACGACAUACCUGAGUUUCCUCCUCAGCGAGAGAUAGAAUUCAGCAUUGAAAUAGUACCUGGAACCGGACUGAUUUCCAUAGCACCGUACCGGAUGUCACCAUUGGAACUUGCAGAGUUAAAGAAGCAGUUGGAUGAGCUACUUGGAAUGAAAUUUAUUCGUCCCAGUGCAUCACCUUGGGGAGCUCCGUUGAAAGGUGCAACUGUGUUCUCGAAGAUUGAUUUGCGAUCGGGCUAUCACCAGAUUCGAGUAAAAGAAUCAGAUAUACCAAAGACUGCAUUUAGAUCUCGAUAUGGUCACUAUGAGUAUACGGUUAUGUUGUUUGGACUAACUAAUGCUCCUGCGAUUUUUAUGGAUUACAUGAAUCGUAUUUUCCGUGCGUACCUUGAUCAGUUCGUAGUAGUUUUCAUAGACGAUAUUCUCAUAGAAGUGAAGUUACAUUCUUACGCACCUGUACAUCCUUUUCCUGAUGAUCCUGAGCACCCUAUACUUGCUCAACCUUUGAAUGAGGUGGAACCUGAGCCUAUCAUUCUUGAUGAGCCCAGGUUAGCUGGUGACUACGUACCGCCCGAUGAGACGGCACUACCAGACGGUGGGGUAGCCCCUAUAUACGCGAAUAGACCCGUGCUCGCGAAUGGUUUUGUACAUAGUGACAGCAGUGUUUCUGGUGGAUUUGAGGGUUUAGCUGUAGCUGCGGACGAUGAGGAAGAGGAGGAUCCUAAGAUACAGAUAGAGCAGGAUGAGGAGAUGGACGAGCCUCACGGCGAUUCUCCGAAUGGCCAUGUGUAG